CACAGUCACAGCGGUUAUUUUUGCAGUUUCGCAUGGGUCGAUACAAAAGGAGUCUGCGCGGUUGAUGCUUCUUCAGGCGAAGAACCUCUUUGCUCAUUGAAGACAUUAUUCUGUUUAAACAGAAACGUAGGUGAAAAAUAAACACAAUACUCUCACUCCCCUUGAUUUGUGAAAUGUCUCAACGUGAAGUGAUCAGUUAAAUUUUCGUCGCUUGAAAUUGAUAGUUCUAUAAAACGAGAUGUCUUCUCGAAUAUGCAGUUGUUUUGUAAUAAGCUUUUCUUUUUGGGUGAUGGCUGCUGCUGUUGAUCCAACUGAGAAUGAAAUUGAAAAUCACCUACAGAGUCAACCUGUAAAUCCAAAGUCACCAGCCAGCAUUUUACAUGAUGAGGUGGACAUACUGAAAAUGAUUAACGUUUCUGCGAAAGAUCAAGGAGUUUCAGUGGUGGAAGGGCCCAUUGCAAAAUUUCCAGCUUUCAAAUUUCGGUUGCCCUAUGGUAACGUUCCUAUGACCAAUGCAACGGCUAUAACAUCAGCAAUGAAUGAUCCGAAAGGGUUCACCGGAAUUUUUUUGAUGAGGCAACAGAAGAAUAAUUUGGGAACAUUACUUUCAGUCAAUUCACCUGGUAGGCUGACUCCAUGGUUUCAACUCACUUCCAACUCGAAAACAGGGACAUUGAGUUUGAAAUACAGACUCAAACGGUCUAAUAAACUCCGACAGAUUGAUUGGAAUCUACCAAAACAUCACAGAAAAUCCCCCGUAGCAGCAUGGACAUGGCUCUCUUUUUCUGUAGACUCAGCCGCUGGUGUGAUAAGAAUGGAUCUCGAUUGUAAUCCUAGUGAGUUCGAGCUUUUGAAACCUGGAAAGUCAAAAGGAAAACUCAACAUUCCUGCAGACUCUCUUGUUUACUUUGGUCAGGAACCUGGACGAAAGAAGAAGUAUCUUGGCUCGAUGCAGAUUGCCAAAAUACUUCCAUACGUCACAGAAGAAAGGCUUUGGUCUUGUAUGCAAAUAUCGUCAAACCUCUCACCAGAAUUCCAAAAACCCAUUUCUUAAACCUAAUAUUUUUUUGCACAUACUUGUGAUACCAAUUAUCCAACGAAACAUGUCGACAAGAACAAUAUUAUCAAAUAGAUUAUCAAUUUUUGAAA